CGUCCCCUCACAUGACUAUACAAACCUCAGCAACGGUCUCUUCUUGCCUCCUCUUUCUCUCUCUCAAACCUGAGGGAGGAGCAAAAGAUUCCUCACUUUUGCAAACAUUCUCCUACACUCACGCUUCCACUCCCACUUCCUUAAUUUGUAGAUCACAAGUACUUCGUGUAUAGUAGUACGUGUAGUAUACAUGUGCUUUUCGCCUUUGAACUUGGCCUCUGUUCGAUCGGGUCCAUAAACCAUGGCCAUGGGGGAUGACGGCGGCCUGUGCAAGCUCUUCGCCAACGACGACUGCGAGUUCCGGCACGUGUCGGGCGACCUAUUCAGCAUCCUCGACACGUGGGAGAAGUGCAUGAACGGCGCGGGAGAAGGAGGUGGUGGUGCUCCGUGCUCUGCGGCGGCGCUGAGCCCGAGCAGUGUCGUCGUCGUCGAUGGAGCUGCGGAGAAUAACGCCGUCGUUGGCGUAAGGCCGAAGCCGGGCUCCCGGCGCCGUGAGGCGGCCGAUGAGGAGAAAGGGGGAGCUCCGGGGCGCAAGAAGCACAAGGGAUCCACCGUGGUCGACGACGGAAGCGAUGGGGCGGCGAAGAUGUCGUCCCACAUCACGGUGGAGCGCAACCGGAGGAAGCAGAUGAACGAGAACCUCGCCGUGCUGCGCACGCUCAUGCCUUGCUUCUAUGUCAAGAGGGGAGACCAGGCGUCCGUGAUAGGAGGGGUGGUGGACUACAUCAAGGAGCUGCAGCAAGUGCUGCACUCGCUAGAGGCCAAGAAGCACCGCAAGGUCUACGCCGUCGAACACGCCCUCAGCCCACGCCCGGGCCCGACGCCUCUCAGCCCAAGACCACUCCUCAAGCCGCCAAUCAGCCCACGGCCAGCCGUACCAAUAAGCCCACCAACGCCAACCCCAGGCAGCCCAUACAAGCCCAUACAACGCCUACCGCACUACAUCUCGCCGGCCACGUCUUCGUCUUCAACAAUAUCCCAUGCAGCUUCUUACGACGUUAUCUCCCCGCGGCCUUACUUGCCCACCCUGGACAGCAUUAUCACCGAGCUCGCCGCGCAGGCCGCCGCUAGGGCGCCCGGUGCGCUGGGCGGUGGCGGCGGCGGCGCGGGGCUUAAUCUCCUUCUACUCCCUGACGUGAAGGUGGAGUUCGCCGGGCCGAACCUGGUGCUGAAGACGACGUCGCACCGGGCGCGGCCGGGGCAGGUGCUCAGGAUCAUCGCGGCGCUCGAGAGCCUCUCGCUCGAGAUCCUCCACGUCAGCAUUAGCACCGUCGACGACACUAUGGUGCACUCCUUCACUAUCAAGAUUGGGAUCGAAUGUGAGCUUAGCGCCGAAGAGCUGGUGCAAGAAAUCCGGCAGACCUUUUUGUGACGUAACCGUAUUUUCGGUACCAUGCAUGCUUAAUUAGCUUUAGUUUUGUUUUCCUGGCCUAGCUAGCUAGUUUUAGGUAGCGUAAGUAGCUAGGUACAACUCAGCGUCGGUGCUGCCAGUGCAACUGCGCAUGACGAAGCUACUGGUGCUAGAUACCGUUAGAUUUUCUCGAUGUGUAGCAAGGCUAGUUGGAGAUCCACGGGACGGUUAUUGUACGUAUUAAUAGUCGCAAUCUCCAGGUUUCAUGGCUCCGGUCGGUUGAUAUGUGAGUGUGUUCUGGUGGUAAUGCAUGUUAGCGUGUGUCUGUCUGUGUUGUAAUUGGUGUUUUCCAAAGCCAGAAUACUGAUGGUCAUUUCUCAA